CGGGGGCGGGGCCGGUGGCGGCGCAGGCGCGGCUGUGCAGGGGCGCGCGGCCUCCCCCCGGCGCGAUGGCCGAGGAAAAAAUGGAAAUCGCCACCCCUCCAACGUCAAAGUGUAUUAUAUACUGGAAAAGAAAAGUCAAGUCUGAAUAUAUGCGUCUUCGGCAGCUCAAGAGGUUUCAGGCGAACAUGGGAGCUAAGGCUCUAUUUGUGGCCAACUUUGCAAAGGUUCAUGAAAAGACUCAAAUUCUGAAUGAAGACUGGAAGAAGCUUCGAGUCCAGCCGGUGCAAUUGAUGAAGCCAGUCAGCGGGCACCCGUUCCUAAAACAGUGUACUGUGGAGAGCAUUUUUCCGGGAUUUCCGAGCCAGACGCUGUACAUGAGGACCCUGAACACGGUGGCGCUGGUGCCCAUUAUGUACUCCUGGUCCCCUCUUCAGCAGAAUUUCAUGGUGGAGGAUGAAACUGUUCUGUGCAAUAUCCCUUACAUGGGAGAUGAGGUGAAGGAAGAAGAUGAAACUUUCAUUGAAGAGCUUAUUAAUAACUAUGACGGGAAGGUUCACGGCGAGGAAGAAAUGAUUUCAGGGUCAGUCCUCAUCAGCGAUGCUGUGUUCCUGGAGCUAGUGAACGCCCUGAAUCAGUACUCGGACGAGGAAGAGGAAGGACACAAUGAUUCUGAGGUUAAACAAGAGGAUGGGAAAGAGGAGUUGCCAGUCACAAGGAAAAGAAAGCGCAUUGCAGUGGAAGGUAACAAGAAGUGUUUGAAGAAGCGGUUUCCAAAUGACAUGAUAUUCACUGCCAUUUCUUCUAUGUUUCCUGAAUACGGCUUCCCGGAUGAUAUGAAAGAGAGGUACCGGGAGCUCACGGAAGUGUCGGACCCAAACGUGCUGCCGCCGCAGUGCACUCCCAACAUAGACGGGCCGUGCGCGAAGUCGGUCCAGCGGGAGCAGUCCCUGCACUCCUUCCACACCCUCUUCUGCCGCCGCUGCUUCAAAUACGACUGUUUUCUGCAUCCUUUUCAUGCUACUCCUAAUGUGUACAAACGAAAGAAUAGAGAGACCAAGAUCGAGCCAGAUCCUUGUGGAGCAGACUGUUUCCUCUGGCUGGAAGGAGCCAAGGAGUUUGCUGCGCUGCACAACCCCAGGUCCAAGUGCUCAGGCCGGCGCCGCCGGAGGCACCACGUGGUGGGUGCUUCCUGCUCAAACACCCCGGCUUCCACCAUCGCUGAGACGAGGGAGGGCGACAGCGACCGAGACACGGGCAACGAGUGGGCCUCUAGCUCCUCGGAGGCAAACUCCCGCUGCCAGACCCCCACCAAGCAGAAGCUGAGCCCGGCCUCCUCCCAGCUGUUCACGGUGGAGACGCCGCAGGAGCCCGUCGAGUGGACGGGAGCCGAGGAGUCGCUCUUCCGUGUCUUCCAUGGGACCUACUUCAACAACUUCUGCUCCAUUGCCAGGCUUCUGGGAACAAAGACGUGCAAGCAGGUCUUUCAGUUUGCAGUGAAAGAAUCACUCAUAACAAAACUGCCAACAAAUGAAUUAAUGAAUCCAUCCCAGAAGAAGAAAAGGAAGCACAGGCUGUGGGCUGCGCACUGCAGGAAGAUUCAGCUGAAGAAAGAUAAUUCACCUACCCAGGUGUACAACUACCAGCCCUGUGACCACCCCGAGCAUCCCUGUGACAGCUCCUGCCCUUGCAUCAUGACUCAGAAUUUCUGUGAGAAGUUCUGCCAGUGCAACCCUGACUGUCAGAACCGCUUCCCAGGCUGCCGCUGUAAAACCCAGUGCAACACCAAGCAGUGCCCGUGCUACCUGGCCGUGCGGGAGUGCGAUCCGGACCUCUGCCUGACCUGCGGGGCUUCGGAGCACUGGGACUGCAAGGUGGUCUCCUGCAAGAACUGCAGCAUCCAGCGAGGUCUCAAAAAGCAUUUGUUGCUGGCACCGUCGGAUGUUGCCGGCUGGGGGACUUUCAUCAAGGAAUCUGUGCAGAAGAAUGAGUUCAUCUCCGAGUACUGUGGUGAGGUCAGUGCUUCUGCCCGUGCUCGGGAAGCUGCGUUUAGUGGCGGUGCUUCCUUCAGCUGCUGGUCCGGCGGGGCAGCGUGCCUUCCCCAGCUCGGCCGUGGCCGCGAGCUCGCUCUGACAGGUUUCGAGAUUGAAUCUUGCACUAUUUUGGGAUCCAUCUUGGUACCUCUAGGCCGUCCACCGUGGAGGAGCGUGUCGUGUAUGUGCUGCUCCCAGCAGCCCAGCUCUUGUCUCUGCUCCGUCCCUGGGAGCCCUGGCGAGCUCCCCGCUGGGGUGGGAGGGCAGGAGGGUGUUUCCAGGAGGUGGGCGAGCCCCGCUCCUCACAGCUAUCCUGGCUGUGUCUCUCAAGGCGUUCUCCUUCUCCAGCUUAUUUCACAGGAUGAGGCUGACCGGCGAGGGAAGGUCUAUGAUAAGUACAUGUCCAGCUUCCUCUUCAACCUCAACAACGAUUUUGUUGUUGACGCCACCCGCAAAGGAAAUAAAAUCCGCUUUGCCAAUCACUCGGUGAACCCCAAUUGCUAUGCCAAAGUUGUGAUGGUGAACGGAGACCACCGGAUAGGGAUCUUUGCCAAGAGGGCCAUCCAGGCGGGAGAGGAGCUCUUCUUUGACUACAGGUACAGCCAGGCAGACGCCCUGAAGUAUGUUGGCAUAGAGAGGGAGACGGAUAUCAUCUAGGCUCUGUGCGGGGCGGUCCCCAGCACACCUUGCUGCUGCACCUUGUAAGCAAUGCCAUGUUUGCUUCACGCUGACAUGACUGCUGCUCUUCCCGUUGCUGUGUGUGUCACAAGUGCUACUUUCCAUCCAGACGCCCGGAGAGAGACUUGGGGCAGGAGUGUGAGCGGCUGCUGCCCGGGCGGCAGCUUUGCCAGCCCUGGGCUGGGGCAGGCGCCGGAGCCUUGUGCUGCGGGCGGUCUCCCGGGCUGGAGGGAGCCCAUGGACCAAGGCAGCUGGGGCUUGAAGAAAAGCAGUGGUGCAGGAGGAGGGACAGCCGCGAAUUCUCAGGCUCUUUCUAUUUUCUGCCGACUGCUGGAAGAACAAGAGCGGGUGAGGUACUGCCUGCACCGAGGCCUGGGGCAGAGGGGCUGGUGCUCCCCUCCAGCCCUGUCCCCUGGGGUAAGCUCUGGUCUCGGGUGCUACCUCUUGCUGCCUGUUUUGUCCCGUUGACGAGGACAGCGACAGGGUUGGAAGCCAUAGACCUGCGGCUGCAGUGGUCCCCGUGCCCCAGGCUGCUGCCCCUGAGGCCGUUUCCUCUCUGCCCCAGCUGGCUGGGGGACAGAGACCGCCCGGCUGUGGCACGAUGUCUGGGCAUGGGGAGAGCAGCACUAUGCAAAAAGUCACUUUGGGUAGGGACACCACUGAGCUGGUUAGAGACAAUGUUACGGGGAUGCUGCUGCAAGCACAAGAGGACUCCAGAGGCAGCAGGAACCCGUGAGUCUGAGGAAGCCCUUCCGGCCUGUGGCGUUUUCUCGUGGCUGGUGGGCUCCUGCCCAUCCCCAGCUGCUCCGCUGCCUGGCUCUGCUGGGGCUGGCACAUGGAUGCUUCUGCUGAGCAGCUUUGGGGCUGCAGGGGGGGGGACUCCCGCAGACCAGCGGGGGCUGCACCCAGAGCAGGAGAUGGGCCUUGGCCACCCCACGUCCAGGCAGAUGCUUCCUGACCACACGAUACCAGAGCCGGCUCCUCCACCCUUGUCUGUCAGGACAGUCCCUUUUGGAGCGUCACGGGCUCUGUGGGAGGUGUCGGGCGCUCCAGGAGCCCGCAGAGCGGGUCCCCUCGGGGUGAGAGCCUUUCGUUGCUGUGCCGAGGUUUGAACAGGGCGCAGAAGACCUGCCGCUGCCUGCGGUGACCCGGGGAAGGCUCCUCAGAAACCUGCCUAAGGGCUGCUGACACCCCAGUCCUGGCCCUGGAGAUAAAGGGGAAAUGUUCUCUGGCAGGGUGAGGUUUGGCCACAGCGCCCCAUGCAAAAAGAAAAAGAAAAAAGCACUUUAAUCCUUCUCAGCCGGCAGCUGGGCCCCGUGUGCCGGCCAGGGGCUGUGGGGAGGAGGGACCGCAGCCACCCCAGACGGCUGUCGCUCCUCAGCAGCACCUUUGCAGGGACAUUGCUCCAGAUCUGGGCUGGGGCAACCUGGAUGUGGGGGCUCUUCCCUGAGCGGGGCACGGCCCUGGGGUGACCCGAGGGAUGGGGCUGUCUUGUAGGAGCGGCGCACGCUGCCAGCCGGCUGCCCGGCCUGACGCUGGGUGCCGCAGGGUGCUCCGCUGGGUGUCCAGCGCUGGGCUCCCGAGGUGGCACCAAGACGGUUCCUCUGGAGGGGAGCCCGGCUGAUCGCCCCCGUGAGGGGGGCAGUGAUGUGGGGGGCAGGCAGCGUUUGUCUGGGGACACCGCACAGAGCUGAGCGGCGCUGGGAGCCUUGCCCCGCUCCUUUGGGAAACCGCGAGGCUCCGUGGCGCAGCCCUGUCGCAGCCGCACGGUCCGUGAAUGCAGAGAGGUGCUGGGGCUGCCCCGGGAGCCCAGCCCAGCCUGCCACGGCCUCUCCUAGUCUCCCACUGCAGCAAAGGCCAUCCAUCCGUCCUUCCUGCUGUCCGUGAUGCCCUCCUGGGGCUUGGGGGGAUUUGGGUCUGUCUGGAGCAGCACUUGUACCCUGGCACCUGCCUGAACCCCGCUCCCCAUCACCUCCUGCCACCUCCGUCCACCUGGUUCCCCUCAGCCCUGCUCUCAGCUCAGCGUCCUCUGCCACCUCGGCCAUAUCUGCACUACACCAGGCUUGUGUCUGUGGUUUGUUGACGGUGAAUAAUAAUGCACUUUAAAAAUAACGUGGCUUGUAGCCUUUGUCAUAAUAAAGUGGUAGCGA